AUGUCGGAUGACAAUUGCUGCAUCAAGUUCUGUUUGCAUGGCGCACCCCUUGACCUCGAUCUCUGCUGCAGCCCACAAGAGGACUGCAAGACGCAGCUGUGCUCCAUGGCCAAGACUGGAACCUGGCAGUCGAUGUUCAGCAAGAAGGCCAUUGACAAGCCUUGGCCAAGGUAUGUCGCUUCACCUGGGACCUGGGGAUGGGAGCGUGCAGCAGAGGAGAAGUGCACCCUGCAUCACGCCGGGUAUCGCUUCAUCGAUCCCAAGAAGCUCUUCGACGACCUUGUUGAGGGCGAGCACUUCAACAAAAAGGUCUGCGGCUGCAAGACGAAAGACGAGUGCUCCUGA